AUGAGUACGCAGAUGACGUAUGCGGAUGUUGUUGUGCCUGUGUACGAGCGGGAGUGAGCUGCGGGCGGACCAGAGAGAUGGAAUACUGUUUUCGCCACUGAGGUUGUAGAGAAGGCUGCGUCUUGAGCCUCGGUGGAUGUAGGGGCGACGACGGAGAAGGCAGUGUUGUUGCAGAGUUGUUGUGAUAUCCAGUGAAGGAGGUGCGCGGUGGUUGAAUCUGAAGAGCUGCAAGGACGUGUAUCGAAGCGCCAUGGACGGAGCCGGGUAUGGCAACAGCCGCGGAGAGGCCAACAAGAAAGCCACGAAAAGUAGCCGCAUUGCUGGCAGGCUGCUCCGGAGUGCAGGUCGGCCGGUAGCCGGGUUGUAGUCCGGGUUGUAGUCCGGGUUGUAGUCCGCUGCCCGAGCAGAACACAGCGCGGUUAGGCCAUAGGCAGCCCCGGGAGCUAGCUUGAUGGUGGUCACAGCAGAGUUCCACCGUGACAGGCGGCAAAACCGGGCGACCAGGCAGAGAUACAGUCCAGAUCUUGAGGCAGGGUCAGAUGCCACAGGUACCAGGCGAAAUCGGUGAACUGAAUCCUGGGGGAGGAGAUCGAGGUCAAGAGAUUUUCACCAAAUGUCAACGUGAACUCAAAUCCAACCUGAAGGAGAAGUUCCAGUCUCUGUUUGAGGGCAUCGCUGAAGCAGGAAACUCAACCCUUCUGAAUGAGAUCUACACAGAGCUCUACAUCACAGAGGGAGGGACUGCAGAGGUCAAUCAAGAACAUGAGGUCAGACAGAUUGAAACAGCAUCCUGGAGACCAUCCAGACCAGAAACAACCAUCAGACGAGAAGACCUCUUCAAAGCCUCAGCUGGAGGCAAGAAACCAAUCAGAACAGUGAUGACUAAGGGAGUGGCUGGCAUUGGGAAAACAGUCUUAACACAGAAGUUCACUCUGGACUGGGCUGAAGACAAAGACCACCAGGACAUACAGUUCACAUUUCCAUUCACCUUCAGAGAGCUGAAUGUGCUGAAGAAGAAGUUCAGCUUGGUGGGACUUGUUCAUCACUUCUUCAGUGAAACCAGAGCAGCAGGAAUCUGCAGGUUUGAAGAGUUCCAGGUUGUGUUCAUCUUUGACGGUCUGGAUGAGUGUCGACUUCCUCUGGACUUCCACAACAAUGAGAUCCUGACUGAUGUCACAGAGACCUCCUCAGUGGAUGUGCUCCUCACAAACCUCAUCAGGGGGAAGCUGCUUCCCUCUGCUCGCCUCUGGAUAACCACACGACCUGCAGCAGCCAAUCAGAUCCCUCCUGAGUGUGUUGGCAUGGUGACAGAGGUCAGAGGGUUCAAUGACCCCCAGAAGGAGGAGUACUUCAGGAAGAGGUUCAGAGAGGAGGAGCAGGCCAGCAGGAUCAUCUCUCACAUCAAGACCUCACGAAGCCUCCACAUCAUGUGCCACAUCCCAGUCUUCUGCUGGAUCACUGCUACAGUUCUGGAGGAGGUGUUGAAGACCAGAGAAGGAGGAGAGCUGCCCAAGACCCUGACUGAGAUGUUCAUCCAAUUCCUGGAGGUUCAGUCCAAAGUGAAGAAGAUCAAGUACGAUGGAGGAGCUGAGACGGAUCCACACUGGAGUCCAGAGAGCAGGAAGAUGAUCGAGGCUCUGGGAAAACUGGCCUUUGAUCAGCUGCAGAAAGGUCACCUGAUCUUCUAUGAAUCCGACCUGACAGAGUGUGGCAUCGAUAUCAGAGCAGCCUCAGUGUGCUCAGGAGUGUUCACUCAGAUCUUUAGAAAGGAGAAAGGACUGUCCAAGGAGGUGUUCUGCUUCGUCCAUCUGAGUGUUCAGGAGUUCCUCGCUGCUCUUCAUGUCCAUCUGACCUUCAUCAACUCUGGUGUCAAUCUGAUGGUAGACACAGGCUUUACAGGACGUUUGAUCUCCUGGGUGGCUAAAUUUUUAUAUACACCUCAACCAAUGUGUCUCUACCAGAGUGCUGUGGACCAGGCCUUACAGAGUCCUAAUGGACACCUGGACUUGUUCCUCCGCUUCCUCCUGGGUCUUUCACUGGAGACCAAUCAGAAUUCCCUACAAGAUCUGCUGACACAGAGAAUAAGUUAUUUAACGAUCAUCCUACGAGGUCUGCUGACACAGACAGGAAGUUGCUCACAGACCAAUCAGGAGACAGUCCAGUACAUCAAGGAGAAGAUCAGUGAGAAUGUGUCUCCAGAGAAAAGCAUCAAUCUGUUCCACUGUCUGAAUGAACUGAAUGAAGGUUCUCUAGUGGAGGAGAUCCAACAGUCCCUUAGAUCAGGACGUCUCUCCACACAUGAACUGUCUCCUGCUCAGUGGUCAGCUCUGGUCUUCAUCUUACUGUCAUCACAAGAAGAUCUGGAGGUGUUUGACCUGAAGAAAUACUCUGCUUCAGAGGAGGCUCUUCUGAGGCUGCUGCCAGUGGUCAAAGCCUCCAACAAAGCUGUACUCAGUGACUGUAACCUCUCAGAGAGAAGCUGUGAAGAUCUGUCCUCAGUCCUCAGCUCCCAGUCCUCUAGUCUGAGAGAACUGGAUCUGAGUAACAACGACCUGCAGGAUUCAGGAGUGAAGCUGCUGUCUGAUGGACUGAAGAGUCCACACUGUGACCUGAAGACUCUCAGCCUGUCAGGCUGUCUGAUCACAGAGGAAGGCUGUGCUUCUCUGGUCUCAGCUCUGAGGUCCAACCCCUCCCACCUGAGAGAGCUGGACCUGAGCUACAACCAUCCAGGAGACUCAGGAGUGAAGAUGCUGUCUGAUGGACUGAAGGAUCCUCACUGGAGACUGGAGACUCUCAGGGUGGAGCCUGCUGGAGUCCGAUGGAUCAGACCAGGUCUGAGGAAGUAUUCCUGUGAACUCACAAUCGACACAAACACAGUUCACAGAAAACUCAAACUGUCUGACAACAACAGGGAGGUGACACAUGUGGAGAAGGUUCAGUCAUAUCCUGAUCAUCCAGACAGAUUUGACCUCAGACCUCAGCUGCUGUGUGGAACUGGACUGACUGGUCGCUGUUACUGGGAGGUCAAGUGGAGCGGAUACGUUGAAGUAUCAGUGAGUUACAAAGGAAUCAAGAGGAAAGGAAGCAGUAGAGACUGUUUGUUUGGACACAAUGAUCAGUCCUGGAGUCUGAUCUGCUCUUAUGAAGGUUACUCUGUCCGUCACAAUAAGACAUUAACACCCAUCACCUCCUCCUCCCCCUCCUCUGGUAGAGUAGCAGUGUAUGUGGACUGUCCUGCUGGCUCUCUGACCUUCUACAGAGUCUCCUCUGACUCACUGAUCAACCUCCACACCUUCAGCACCACAUUCACUGAACCUCUUUAUCCUGGGUUCUUGUUCUGUUCUGGUUCCUCAGUGUCUCUGUGUCCUCUUUAGGACGGAGAGUCUCCUCCUGGUGGAGAACCUUCCUCUCUGCUCACCACAUAUUUCAGUCUGUACAGCUGAUGGAGGUCCAUGUGGGUGUAGGUGCAGGUGGAGCAGGUGAGGGGUACCUGAGCUGGUCUGGACUCUGGGGGUCCACAGCUCUCUGGGACUUGUGGUGUUGCAGAUGAACGUGUGAAAGAGCUCAGCGAGGUGUGUUUUAAUGUCUCUGUGGAUGAAUCAAUAAUCAUCAUUUAGAUGUUGGCUCCUAAUUAGGGUUUAAUCUUAAUCUUUAUGUGUCACAUGUUCAAUCAAAAGGUCUCAUCUGCCCCCCCAAUAUGAGACAAAUAUAUCAGUGUGACAAAUUGUCCUUGUUUGUUUGUGUGGUUGCUAAAAUAAUGAAAGAAAGUGAUUUUGAAGAAUUGUUUGUAAUGACAAAAAUAAGUAAAAUAUUUCAUUCUUUUUGAGCUGAUUUUAACUUCAAAUCUUUCUAAAUGUGUUCAGUGGAAUCAAAUCUAAUUUCACAUAAUCAGGUUCGUUCUGAACAAAAACCUUUUAAAAGCUUCAUCAAACCUCUGAAGAAGGUUAAAUGACAGAUAACAUCAUGUACUUGUGUUUUUAUUAAGGUUAUAUAAUAGUACAACGUUUAGUGCCUCCAUGUAUUACUUUGGCUUCACAGGAAUAGAACUGUUUGUUUCUAAUGUGAAUAAAGGACUUUUAUUGGAAACAACAUGAGGUGCAGUGACUGGUCCUGGCCAGCAGAGGGACGUCACUGAUGGGAUUAAACCAGUAAACAGGAUUCAUAUUCCCAACAUGUAUCACAGUGACAAUAUAAUAAAGACCAAAUGUAUGAAUCUAAGUACUAGAAUCCUCUUGAAUAUCUACCAUAGAAAAGUCACAUGACCUUGUGUGUGCUGAAGGUCACCAGGCUUUUUCAUGUCCUCAGUCUCUAAGGGACAUGUCCUCACAUUUAUCUGCUGGAAAACAGCUCUGAGAUUCAGUCUGAAACCCAUCAGCCCUUCAAAGAGACAACCGGGACAUGAAGACACUUUGACCCAUUCAGAGGACAUCCUCAAUGUCUUCCACAUGUCUCACCAGCACAUGAAGACACUUUGACCCAUUCAGAGGACAUCCU